GACGUGUUUACGUCAAUGUCAUUCCUCCAUUGACGUGUAAGCUCAUACGAAUUGAAAAAGAAAUUUGUUUUGUGGACUUAUAUGAUGAAAGGGAAAUACAAAAGUUGUAAUAUAAACACAGUGUAAAACCCUCACGUAUUUAUUUGAACUGUAUCGAGCGGGUUUUCGGACAAUAUGGUUUUAAUGACGAUGAUUGCCCGUGUCGUAGACGGGCUCCCUUUAGCCGCUACGAUGCAAGAAGACGAACAGAGUGGCUGUAAUAUAUUGGAGUAUCAAAACCAGGCUAAAAUGCUGUUUAGAAAACUCGGCCCACAGUCCCCCAUACGCUGCUCUAUAGAAACUGGGCCCUAUCUUUUUCACUAUUUGAUUGAGAAUGAGAUUUGCUAUCUAGUUCUCUGUGAACGCAACUAUAGCAAAAGAUUAGCAUUUAGCUAUUUAGAAGAGAUUGCACAAGAAUUUUAUCAGCAGUACGGCAAACGGGUGAUAACCGUUACCAGGCCCUACACAUUUAUAGAGUUUGAUACCUGGAUGCAGAGGACACGGAAACAGUACACUGAUGGAGGAGCUCGGGCUCGGCGGGCAGGAGCCACCUCCCAGCUCGGCGGCCAGCUCGGGGACGUACAGAGGAUCAUGAUGCAAAACAUUGAUGAUGUACUGCAGAGGGGGGCUAUUCUCUCAGAGCUGGAUACCAAAACACAAACACUGUCGAUGAUGUCCCAAAAGUAUAAAAAAGAUGCAACAUACCUGAACACUAAAUCAAUGAUAGUAAAAGCAGCAGCAGGCGCUGUCAUUCUACUUGUAGUCAUUUUAUAUUUCUGGGUGCUUUAGUUUAUUUAAUUUGAUGCUCUUAUGAUAGUUAAUAUCAGGAAAUACAAUUAUAAAGUUUUUUGUAAUGUUAACCCCGUUAAAACUUUACAAGCUAUUCACUAUGUUUAUGCUGAAUGGAAUCACACAAUAAAAUGUAAGUUGUAACCCAAAUAACCAUUCCAAGUAAAUGUAAAUACUUAUUAUUCUCCAUUGUUAUAGCUUUGGUGAGGGAUUUGGAGCUACUUGCCUUUUAUACAACUGUAUAAAACAGUAAAAUCUUUAAAGUAUUUAAUAAAUGUAAUAUUAG